AUGGAGGGGACGUGUUUGGCUUGUGAGGGGCUGGUAAAGGACCCACAGCUUGUCAGCAUCCUUAGACGGAUAGACAAGGGUGUGCAUGAGAACGCACCUCAUGCUUAUCAACCCCUUGCAGGCCUACAUGUAAUCAUCCAACGGAAAAUGAAGCAGGUCCAGGCGCUGCGCCUCGGCAAGAUCAACACCGCAAAAAGUCUUGCCCAGGGGACCACGGUGCUGGACAACUACAAAAGGUUUGUGGUUGCUGCAGCACACAGCGACCUCUCUCGGCUUGACACCCUCUUCCGUGUCUGCAUAAAAAACUGUAUGUCAUGCUAA